UCCCUUCACACGAGGUCCUUUCGGACCAAGUGGUCCCACCAAAACUUGCUUCUUUCUCAACCUGGUGACGAAUCUCUCUUCUCUCUCCUAGCGCUUCAAAUACAGCAUGUCGAUCAGCAUUUGUGCGAAUAUUGUUGCUCGCAGAGAGUACCCACGACAUCGAAGUUACUGACUAGAUUUUCAAAGUGUGUAGAGUGCUCUUGCUGUAUGAAAAAAUUUGCGCCUUGGUGCUUCAAGACUUCAUUUCACCUGUAGGUUCAGUUUAUCGGAUGCCUAAAUCAGACUCUCCUUUGGGUUACUUGCAACUAGCUUUGAAUUCCUGGCCCUUAGUUUCGCUGCAAUGCAAGACCUUGGGCUAACGGUGUCCUUUCACGAAACCCUUCUGAGGAUCUUGCUUAGAAUGCUUCUGAGACCUUCAUCACCUUUUGCAAUCUCUAAGAGCAUCAUUUCUCUUUUAGAGAAGUCAAAAUUACGAAGCUGCGUUUUGCAUCCAGGGCUCAGAAUUGAUGCUUCUUUCUUAGCUGUUCCUUACCAAUGGUUUACCGAACUUGAGCUGUCCUUUUGAGCAAUCGAGGAGCAGGCAAAGUGUCUUGGAGUAGCGGCUCCGGAGGUCUUGGGCUGGUUCGCGGUAGACAUAUUCACAUGCUUCCAAUAUGCAGGUCGCAAGUACAUGAAUGGUCACCAGUUCCCCCAUGAGGGCAGAUCGAAAGGGAUGUUGUAGAGACUCCUACAGGGUGAGCUGUAGACGUGUUGGGGAGUAGGAAAUGAUUUGCGAAAGCAGGGGGCAGCUGGAGCGCGUAUGUUUAAGUGCCAACAGUAUGUUUUACAAUGUAGCAGAUAGCGCAUUCCCCAUGCUGACUCUCCAAAGCUCUGGCCAAAUUUCUCCUUCCUUGCCUGCCGCCUCUGGAAUGGCCCAGGAUUUCCAGCAGUUUGGCCCAUUGGACGGAGGGCUAGUAUCUCAAGUUGAUCUCUCCAACUAUGCGAUGAAGCCACGAGUGCUGUGUUUCGGAAUACAGUCGGAAGUUGCCAAGGAGUUGUCUUUUGUGCUCAACAAGAAUGGCAUGUCCACAGCGGGAUCCAAACUUGCUGCUGAAACUUCUGUAGAGGGAGGAAUGGUGGUCGUGCGUAGCCAAUUGUGCCCCUGGUCAAGUAUGAACAUAAACAAUACAAAUCGGAUUGCAGUAACUGACCCACUCAGCUUUCAAGGCAUGCUGGAAGUCGCACUGUCCUCUGAUGCAAGACGCCCUGCCAGGCAUGAAGGGUGGUGCAAGUACUGUGCAACGCUGGAAAAAGAAUUGACGAAUUCUUUAGAGGUGAAGGAGAAGUGGGCCGACGAGAACUCAUGGGAGGAUGUAAAAUUUAAGCAGGCAGAUCAGUAUUUCGAAUCUAGAAUGAAUAUGUCGAUUGCCGAACAGGACAGCCGGAAGCGGAAGUAUGGACUGGACGACUGGGAGAAUGACAGAGCAUUUGUGCUAUUAAAAUUGAAUGAGCUCAACACGCGUGCGACUCGGGCAGAGCAGAGAGUGCUUGAGCUCGAGCAGUUGUUGCGAGAUCAUGCUCUUGGGUCUCUCGACGAAACGUGCGACGACUCUGACAUCGUUACCUCUGCCUCUCAGCACGAUUGCUUUAAUGAGGAACAAUCCGAGAUGCUGGUGUGUAAGAUUGCAGGAUGCAACAAGUCUUUCAAGUCCAGUAAAACACUCCGUCGCCACGUCCUGCAGAAGCACUCGGACAACGCACGGUUCUUGGUGUGCAACCAGCCGACAGUGAACGGCCUGAUGUGCCGCUUCGAGACAAUCCACUCGGGGGUACUGUCAUACCACCGCAAGCACAGCCUGGCACAUCAAAGGAGGGAGGACUGGCACAUCUCCUGUCCUUUUUGCCAAAGCAAGUUCGCCAGGCAGCACGAAAUGGAGCGCCACCGACGGAUCUGCAAGUCCCGCCCCGCACCUCGAGCCUCCCCUUCUCAUGGAUCCGUCCAGUCCACCGUUACCGGGAAUCUGUCAGAGCCAAGGCCAGGCCUGAACGCCCACCCGUUGCAGAUGUCGAGCUACGUGCUGCUGCCCGACCGCGGGACCCACAGCCACCAGCUCUUCAGCAUGCCAGAUAGCAACAUUGAAUCUAGUAUUUCAUACUAGGUGAUGGCCGUUGCGUGACAAACCAGCGGCGUUACGCAAAGCUCGCCGGCAAAGCUGCGCCUGCUUUUUCCUUUCCCGACCCGAAGCUUUGUCACCUUGCCACCAUCACCACCAUUAUUCACUGAGAGGAGCAUGUUCCAUUCUCAUGCCCUUCAGAAUUCACUAGGAUUUGGACCCCAGUUCUCUGCAUUCGUCAUUUUUCGCAAUUGAUAGGUAAUUGGUAGCUCAUAAAAAUACUCACAUGACUGACUGAUCGAUCGUGAUGCUUUCCUCCUUCGCGGCGCAUGGUUCCUACUCUUGCGGGUUGUUGCAGCUCCCCUAGGUCCCCCUCCACCCCAUUCUUUUUCUCUCUUCAAUUUACUUAUUAUUUUUUUCCUUGGUUUGGUUCACGUGAACCCGUCCCAGCUUGGAUUGUACAUCUGCCAUGCAAUGAAUCUCCUUCGCUGCCGUGGAAAUGAUCAGUAUCACUUUUGCCGAUGUUGUCAUGGUCCGGAGGGAGCGAAAUCUCUGAAAGCCUUCGACAAGUUCGUCAGUUGGAAUUUUAUACCUUAGAGGAAGAUUUGUGAAAAAGGAAUUUCUACAAUAUGUCUUAAAAGUUCACAGUGACCACUUUUUCAAAUGAAGUCAGAGAAUCAGAACUUUGUGUUGAAAAAUAGAGAGCAAUUUCUCGUUUGUUGAAAUGGAAAAUUUUCAACUUUGUUGUACAGCGUGCUUUUUUAACCUUCAAUAGAGAAAUUAAUUUCACUCGUUUAUAUC